AUGUCCUAUUCAUUGAUGGAUAAAGAAACACAAUUGCUGGUUGAAAGAAACUUCAGUCUGACUAGAGAAAUCCAUGAAUGCACUCAAACAAAUGAGUUUGAAGGGAAUCAAUCUAAUCAUCUAGUCAAUAAUUUUAAUCCUUCAAAGGAUGUCGACUUGCUCCUAGGAAAAAAGCUGCGAUUGACUUUACUGGAAGAACCACCUUUUGUGAUUUUCGAACGUCAUCCAAACGGAAGUAUUAUUGGGUAUAAAGGAUACUGUUAUGAAAUAGUCCGCUUACUGCAAACCAUGUACAACCUCACAUAUGAAUUCAUACUGCCCAGCGAUCAUUCAUUCGGUAAGGAAAUGCCGAAUGGAAGUUGGAAUGGGAUGAUUGGAAUGGUCGUUGAACAGGUCGUUGAUAUCGGUCUAGGUCCGUUCUCUGUCACGCACUCCCGAUCUAAAGUCGUUGAUUUUUCUGUGGGAUUCUACGAAGAUGGAAAUGCUAUCCUUAUCCCACCAGCAGCAGAAGAGAACCGUUUACUCGCUUGCACGAAACCAUUCCGUCUAGAGACUUGGCUUACCUUGUUGUCGUUUGCGAUUAUUCUACCCAUCAUCCUCUGGCACUAUUCAAAUUUGUUUGCCAUUCAUUACCAAGAGAGACGUUCAACAUUGACUAAGCAAUACUUGUUCAUCCUUGGAGUCCUCAUUGGCCAGUCUGGACAGAAACUGCCCUCUGUAGGAUUUUCUUCACGUUCCCUUGGUGCUAUUUGGUGUUUGAAUUCUGUUGUGUUUGCAAGUGCUUACAUUGGGAUCCUCAUGUCUUUCCUACGUUUUCCUAAACUCUUACCCAUCAUCAACCAACUAGAAGAACUUCCAGGAUCUCAUCUCAAAUGGGUUGUACAAAGAGGAACAGCUUUGGACACCCUUUUUCUUGAAGCUACAACCGGAGUGUACAAGACUAUCGGAGAUGGAUUAUUGAACCCCCAACGUGGAUCCUUGAUUAAUGUUAACGAGGAUGGUGCCCAUCACGUUACAAGUGGAAGCUACGCUUACAUUGCGGGAAAAUCAAAUCUCGAGUCACUAAUGUAUGAUGAUUAUACUCGUACGGGUAUUUGCCGAUUAAGUAUUGCCCAGCAAGAAUUUUUCAAGAUCAAUGUCGCAUUCGCUUUCCCGAAAAACAGUCCUCUGAAACCAUUUAUGGAUAAAAAGAUUCUGCAGAUGGUGGAAGCCGGUCUUGGUAUUUACUGGAAGAAGCUUUAUUGGCCGCCAUCAGAUGGUAAAUGCGGAAAAGUUAAACAAUCCGGGCCCAAAAGUCUCAGUCUGAUUGAUUUGCAAGGAGCUUUCAUCAUUUUAGCCAUUGGAAGUGGAAUAGCAUUCAUUAUCUUCUUAAUUGAACGCUUUCCUCCUCUCUCAAUCAUUUGUAACUUGAUAUCUUAA